AUGUGCCUCGCCAAGCAGACAGACGAUGAGAACACAUCGGGGCAGAAAGCUCGCACCGAGCUCAGCGCCAGCGAUGAGCACCCGAGGAGGUCAUCGAGAGAUGCGAUAAUGAAAGGGGGUCACGUUGUUCGCGAUGUCCUCGACAAUCGGGAAAAGUCGCAACAAAGACCGAAAUUGACAGGAGAGAGAAAUUUGAACACCAGUUUGGCAGAGAUGAGAUCUGACCAGCUUUGGACCACAAUCUCACGAUUUUACAUGGAAAAGAGGGAUGUUCUUCUUAGGGAUGUUGGACGACUCGAGUUGGAAGGACUGCUCACGUGGAAGAGGGAGGAGAGCGCGCGCGAGAAGACUAUGGCACUGCACGCGGACCAAAUGCGCAGUAUUCCGGGGGGGGGGGGGGGGCCUGCGUCGCCUGACCCGAUCGCCCAUCUGGAACGCGCCGCCGGCGGGUGUGUGGAUUAUGUCAGCGAUGCAACAGGCCCGGCCCGGAUCAUGGAUGGACAUGGAGUGUCCACUAGUAUCAGUGGCCGCAGCACCGGCUUUCUCAUGAAUUCAACCCAUCUAUUCAAAUUUGAAUUUCGACGCACUCAAAUUGAGAUAUAUAUUCCAAAACCAGCAAAUUCCGAUAGCACAUCAUCCGGUAUAUCCUCCUAUGCCAAAUUUGCAUCAGAUAUCGUGCGGUUUUCGGUACCUGCGUGCCCCUGA